GUCCAGUAUCACUGUGAACUUCUCAACCGCUAGACGUGCCGCCUGUCGUGCAUAGGGAGAGAGAGAGAGCGUGCGCGCAAAUAGUCAUAAACCGCGCGAUUAUUUAGAGAGUAGAAUCCACUAGAUACUACCGAACGACACGUGCUGGGUGUAGUUUGUAGUGGAUUAGUGCACUACAAAAAAAAAACAAUGGUCAACCUGAGGCGAGUUCUCUCGAACCCCAAAAUCCUGGCCGGAGUUGUGAUCGCUCUCGUUGCAGUGGUUGCCGUCGCCAUAGCAAUCCCCCUGUCUAUCAACUCCGGCGACGACAAUGACCGCAAGGCUGACGAACAGAACGCUUUCUUCGGUCGGACCGUACUCGAUGAAGUGCCACUUAUCGACGGGCACAAUGAUUUGCCGUACAAUCUGUACAGCUUCGAGCGCAAUCGAAUCAACGAUUUCAACUUGAAUCGUGACUUGAAGGCUGAUCCCAAGUGGGGAACGUCCAAGAGUAGCCACACCGAUAUUCCCCGUCUGUUGGAGGGUAAAGUGGGCGCACAGUUUUGGGUGGCGUACGUAUCUUGCACCACCCAGUACAAGGAUGCGGUGGAGCGCACCCUGGAGCAGAUCGAUGUGAUCAAACGGAUGAUCGCCCAGUACCCGCAGUACAUGAAGUACGCCACGUCGGCCGAUGGAAUCAUGCAGGCCUUCAAGGAGAAGAAAAUUGGAUCGCUGAUCGCAGUCGAGGGUGGACAUUCGAUGGAUUCCCGCCUGGCGAUGCUUCGGAUGUUCUACGAGCUGGGCGUACGCUACAUGACACUGACGCAUUCGUGCAAUACCCCGUGGGCGGAUGCUUCGCCGGUGGAUGCCAACAGUACAGCCGUGUUGAGAAACGUAACCGAGUGGGGCAAGAAUGUGAUUUGGGAAAUGAAUCGGUUGGGAAUGUUGAUCGAUAUUUCGCACGUCAGCCACGGGGUGAUGGUCGAUGUGUUGGAGCAUACGAAAGCAGCGGUGAUUUUCAGUCACUCAUCGUCGCACCAUGUGUUUCCGCACCAUCGCAACGUGCAGGACGACGUGCUGAAGAUGCUGAUCGAGAACAACGGGAUCAUUAUGGUGAACUUCUACACAUCGUUCAUCGGGGGAGACACCAUCGAUAAAGUUGUUGAUCACUUAAAUUACAUCAAAUCCGUUACGGGACCGGACCAUAUUGGUCUCGGUGGCGACUACGAUGGAGUCGAUAGUACCCCGCAGGGUCUGGAGGAUGUUUCCAAGUAUCCGGAUUUGUUCGAUAUUCUUGCUAACGGAGCGUAUAACAAUGGAACCACAUUUGAAGCAUGGACUCGAGAGGAACUGCAGAAACUGGCCGGACUCAAUUUGCUCCGUGUGUUCCGCGAUGUGGAGAAGGUACGCGAUACAAUGGCAAACAUUAGCCCGUACGAGGACUUGAUUCCGUAUCAGGAAUUCGUCGAUGCCGGCGUGGCCGAUCAACCGUGCAUGAGCGACAUCGACAUCCACAAGAGCUAACCAGGGGGCAAUGUCAUCGUCAUUUUCGAUUUUAAAUGUUGUACCAUAUCAGUAGUGUUUUAAAAAUUUCUUACCAUCAGAGGCUGGUGUUGUAGUGGUUGUACUAAUACACUGUUUUUUUUUUAUUAUACAUAGUAUAAUAGGUAAUAAAGAUAAUGAUCAAA